UUCAACAAUGGCUUAUAAUCACUACAACCCAUCUUUUUUCUUGUUAUUAUUUGUCACUUUGUUUUUAACAAACAACUACAUAAAUCAAGCAGACGCGCGCCAUCUUCUUGAAGUAACUUUGCCUGAGCUUCCUAAGCCUGAAUUGCCACAUUUACCUGAAAUCCCAACUCUGCCUAAGCCUGAAUUGCCUGAAAUUUCAAAACCUGAGCUACCAACCCUAUCAAUCCCCGAAUUGCCACAUUUACCUGAAAUCCCAACUUUGCCUAAGCCUGAAUUUCCUGAAAUCCCAAAACCCGAGCUACCAACUCUACCAAAGCCUGAAUUUCCCAAAAUCCCAACAUUAUCAAAGUCUGAACUUCCAACAUUGCCAAAACUUGAGAUGCACGUCAUUCCUAAGCCUGAAUCGCCAACUUUGCCAAGGCCAAAAAUCCCUCGAGUGCCUAAAAAGCCUUGAGCACUUGUGUAUGAAAUCCUAUUUGCUUCAUUGAAGCAACAAUAUUGUUAAAAUGUUAAGACUUAAUUAUGUUAUGUGAUCAUAUGUAUGCUUUUUCUUUAUUGUGCUAGAAUCAUUUGCAGCUUCGCUUUUGGAAGAUAUAUAUUUAUGUGAUUGUUCUAUAUAUCAUCACUUAUUUGUGUUU